AUGAUAUACGAUAGCAUAUAAUUGUGCAUUAUAAAGCAUAACUUUCGAAAGUAAAGUGUAACUUUACAAUUUCAAAUGCGAAGGCAUGAAGCCAAGAGUAGCAAUUGUUGUAUUAUUGAUUUCACUGUGUCUUGUACUUAGUCAUGUUCAAGGACAGGGAAAUAUUCUACAAAUUCUCAGGAAUACAACAGGGUUUUCUAAGUUUGUGCAGCUAGUUCCCAGAGCACAACUUACGAGGUUUUAUGAAUCUCCGAUUAUUAUGACGGUGUUUGCAUUUACGGACGCAGCUUAUAACCAACUCCCGUUCAGAGAACGCAACAAAAUAGACAGCUAUGAUGAAACCCAGCUCAGAGAUUACCUUAGGUUCUGUACAGUCACAGGAAGCCGUAUACCCACGAAAGCUACCAAGGAUAUUCAGUUUGUGCAGAGCAGCAAUUCGAAGCACGACCGCCUCUUUUUCAAUCGCACCCAAAGAGUGAACACAACUUCAUCUUUCAAGUAUUGCGUCAACGGCGUGGAGAUUUCAGAGGGAGCAACCCGUGACAUCACAGCUACUUAUGGCUUCGUUCAGGGUCUGAAUGGGGUCAUGCGGAAAACAAGCCAGAAAACAGCGUACGGGUGGAUCAAACAUCCAGAAGACACCACACAGAGUUUUACGAAAUUCCUGGAUUUGAUGAGCUACAUAUACGUGAUGGACCCGAUAGAUGUACUUUCGUCACCAUACUGGAUAAACACUUUAUUUGUUCCUAAUGACGAAGCAAUGCAAAAAAUUCCUAUCGCAAAGCUGAACAGACUAAAGAACGAUCCCACAGAAAUAGAAAAGAUUCUUAAAGCACACUACGUACCCAAUAGAGUCAUCUUUACCAACUGCAUCUCUAACAAUGAAGGAUUUACCAAUGCUCAAGGUCAACAAUUGACUUUUCCGAACUCCUCUGAUAACAAUGUGUAUGUUCACAGUGACGGUGUGAGUGCGGCCAUUGUUGAGGGAAAUAUCCCCGUGUCUAACGGAGUGGUUCACGUGGUCGAUCAGCUGUUAGGAUCUGUUUGAACUUUGCAUGAAAGCAUUGCUUGAAUAAAGAAAAGAGAAUUAUAAGAAUGUAUUUUAUUACUUUGUUCAC